GUUUUUCUCUCUCUUUCAACUCGACUUGAUUGCUUCGAGGUCAAUGGUAUCAUGGCAUUCAUAGGAUCAGCUGGGAUCGAAGCGCAGCUGAAUACGCUGAAAAGGCAGCUUGCCUCCAAAGACUCUGAACUCACAUCCAUUCGGAACGAGUUGGGCAAAAGUCAAGCUGAACUGACAGAAGCAAAGCGAGGUAGAUCAGAUGCGGAGUCCAAGCUCGAAUCUCUCUCUGUGCGAGCUCAUCAGGCCGAAUCAUCUCUGGCAGCCAAAGUCUCCGAAUUGUCAAACAAUCGAUUACAGUAUGACAACCUUCAAUCGACGCUCAAGGUGACCAACGAGAAGUUGAGUCAGAGCCACAAGGAAAAUGAGAGGCUGCAGUAUGAGCUUGACGUGGCGUCCCAAGGGUCUGCACGUGGAAAGGACAGCGAUUCGGGCAGAAUGAAGGAGUUGGAGCAGAAGAUAAAAGCGAGGGAUGAGGAGAUAGAGCGAUUGAGGAGCCAGCCGGCUAUGCCCGAGUCCACCUUCGGCGGAUUGAAAAAAUCAUCGACCACCUUUUUCCCUCCACAAUCGCCUCCUGGUCGGUCAAAAGGACGUCGACGCUCUGCUUCCUUUUCCGCGGACCCACGGGUCUCGAAUCUCGAAACAGAGAUCAGCAAGCUACACUCGUCCCAUGGGCUGGAGAUGGACAAGGUCUCGGCUCAAUUGGAAAUCGCAAGAAAAGAGUUGGACAAGAUUACCAACGCCAAGCUGGCGUUGGAGAAAUCGAGUCAAAAAGAGCUCGAUCGCCUGCGGUCAGAUCUUGAGGAUGCAAACUAUGAGCUGGAUGGAUGGCGAGUCAAUGGACAGGCUCCCACUCGCGCUGAGGAUCCAAAGCAUGUCGCCAAGAUGAAGGAGAUGGAGGCAGCUGCCGAGAGGAUGCGAGAACAGCUCGCAUCUGCAGAUGUCGAGAUCUCCCGACUGACGAAAAAGGUCGAAGAAUUGGAAGGUCGAAUUGCAGCUCCCUCGUCUCCCGACGGAAUGUCUGUCCGGCAGUAUCAACGGGAGAUCAAGACUCUCAACAGCCGUAUUCAGUCUUUGGAGGAGGAGCUCAAAGCCCAGGACGAGGAGAUUCUCAAGCUCAAAAUUGCAGUACCUUUGCCUGGCUCGCCUCAGGUUGGAGAUUCAGAGAACCCAUCACUGUCUGAUUCUCGUCUUGCUGAACUCGACGAGAUCACAAGGGAGCACGAGCUGGUCGUCUUUGGUCUGCAAGAGGAGAUAAAAUCCACGAAGAAAGAGAUCACCCGACUCGAGGAACUGGUGGACAAACUUGAGACGAGGUCUGCUGAGGCGGAGGAUGCUUUGGAAAAUCUGACGAAGAACACUGCAAAGGCUUCCGAUGACCACUCCCGCGAACUGCUCGAAUCCCAAGGCCGAUGUGAGGCGCUUCAAACCGAACUCGAGGAUGCCAAGCACGAACUGCAAGUCACUUCGGCUCACGCCGACGAGAUGCAAGAGCAGUACGAAUCCUGUGCGAAAUCCAAGCUCGACCUCGAGCAAACCCUUGCCGACCUGCGCGAAACCGUCGCCAAUCGGUCUACAGAAUCUCAAGCUCAGGAUCGCGUCGCUGAGAUCUUUGAUCACAAGGAAAAGAUCCAAAUGCUCACUGACCGCCUUCGCGACUCGGAGAAAGCACUUGGCACGGCCAGGUCGCGCAUCGCGGAUCUAGAGACCUCUCGACCGAGAGAUCACGCACCGGGAUCGUCGCGAGAAAUUCUUCUCUUGCAAGACAAAGUUGGACGUCUGCGUACGGAGAGAGACGAAUUACGACUCAAUCUUUCAUUUGUCCAACACGAACAUAGGUUUGCCCGUGAUGCGGUGGAAGCGAGUAAAGCGACAGCUGUGGCGGAACUGAAAAGCACGCGUGCCGACUUACAAGAACGACUCGAUGCCAUCUCAGGCUUGGAACGACAGCACGCAGCUGCCAAGGAGGCUCUGGACAGCGUCACUUCUCGCCUGGAUGGUGUGACUGGCUCGUAUGCCGCGGCGUCAGCUGAAAAGGAUGAGCUGGCUGCCAAGGUGACUUCACUCGAAAGUAAUCUCGGAGAAGCGUCAUCAUUUCGAGACGCCCUCCUCGCUCGCGUCGAAGAACUUGACAAGCAGCUUUCUGAGCGAUUGGAGGAAGCUCAGGUCCAGCAUCUGAUCAAUGAGGUGGCGUUGGCUCAACACAAGGCUAGCAAGGCGGAAAUGGAGGUUUACAGCUUGAGAAAAGCGAACAAGGAAUACGAAGAGCGAGUGGACAGUCUUCAAGGGCAGCUAGAGGCGACUCGGGAGGUCAGCAGUGAUCAACCUACCAGUCGUGCGGAUAGACCUCCAAGUCGAUCUGAGAGACCGGCCAGUCGGAGUAGCAUGGGCGGUCACGUCAGACGUAUCUCUGGUGUGUACACCGGGGAGACGAUCGAGUCGCUGCGUGCGGAACGUGCGGAUCUACAGAGCCGAGUUUUGAGUAGAAACAUGCGCAUUGAAGCCAUGAAGAAUGAGAUGAGGCAGAUUAAAGCGAAUCUCCAAUUGGCAGAAGAAGCUGCCGAGGAGGUCGGCACUGAAAAGCUCGAAGUGGAGCAAGAGCUCGAGGCAUUGCGAGCCGCUACCGCCGCAGCCGAACAGGACAGCCAAUCCGCGAUUCGGGGUCUGGUGAUCACACUGGCGAUGCACCGACAAUUCGUUUCAGCCGCUCAGAACGCUUGGUCGGAUCAAAGAAAGAAAUUGGAAGAAGGGUCCGCUGCGAUCGAACGGAUUUCCAUCGAUGCGACGACUGCACUGCGAUCAGCGACUGAUGAAAUUGAUACAUUGUCGAAGCAGAUCUUCGAGGCAAGGGCCGAGAUUCAGCGGUUGUCAGAGGACAUGAAGGCUCGUACUGAGGUGGCGGAGUCGAACGCGGCAGCCAUGGAGGCACUCAAGAGCGUAAUGGCAGAGAAGGAUCUCGAGUUGGAGAAGAAGACUGCAGACGCCGCGGCUGUUGAACAGAACCUGGCGAUUCUCAGAGCCUCAUUGGAAGCGGCCACGGAACGUGAAAGUCAAUCAAAUGAUCUGCAAAGUCAACUGGAUGCGCGAACGGAAGAGUUGUUGAGGUUGACGACUCAACUCGCGGAAGUCAGGCAAGCUCGGGAUAGUGUCUGCCAAGAGUUGCAGGUUCUUCAAGAGCAACACGCGUCCAUGCGCACCGAACUCGAAUCGACCAACACCAAGGUCCAAGCAUUGGAAGCGUCUGCGGCUUCUGAUCAGCAAGAGGUGUCCCGACUCCAUGCGUUGGUGCUCGACCUCGAGAAGCAGGUCGUAGAGGGCUCAUCUGCUCUGGAAUCGGCUGGACAUGAGCAUGCGAAAGCUCUUGAAGAACGGGACACUCAACUCGCCGUACUACGAGAGCGUGCCCAAGCGGCGACGGGGACACCGGUGGAUAGCGAGCAGGUCGCAGAGCUAAACGAGAGGAUCACCGAACUCGAGACCGCCCUUACGCUCAAAGUUCAAGAGGUCGACGAAGCGGACGACCGAGUCCGCGAGGCGUUCAAGGCAAAGACCAAGCUGGAGAAGAAGGUCGCCAAACUGCAACGACACCUGGCGGCAGCCACUACAGCGGACGAUGAAACUGCUGCGAACACUGCGGCCAAUAAGAUCAUCCCGGUGGAGCUCGUGGAGCCAGUGACCGCUACACCGAGAACAAAGGCUGCGUUACCUGUUGAACGAGCUCCCUUACGAAAUGUCAACAUCUUCGACACGAGCCAAACACGACAAACUUGUGAUGAGGUUACGACGAGUCCUGGAUCAGGAUUGAAACGACAACGUGAAAUGGAUGAGGGAGAGAAAAAGGUGCCUGCAGAGUGUAUUGUCUUGCACAAUAGCUCCCCACCUAGAGCUGGAGUGAGGAAGGACCGGGUCAGGGCAUCAUUUGGUCAGCGAUUACGAGGUGUGAGAGGUCCUUCAGAUUGAGGAAGAGUUCUUUGUAUACCAGAAAUGUGAUGUAUCAGUAUAAUGUAGGAUUUUUUC